CAUUUCCUUCAGUCCAUUUCAGUUGCUAUUACCGCUUGUAAGCCCUAAGUCUUUGACAUCCUUUACAGAGACAAUCUGAUCUGAGGCUCCCUCCCACUGCCUCUUGCUGCUGCCUCACGUUCAUUACCGUCGACAGCAACUACUGACGCCGAAGUGGUUUGGCCAAUAAUGACUGAGGUUGAGCCAGCCGCUGCCAAUUCCGAUCUUCUGAAGGAGAAGGUUGGCAUUACCGAGAGCUCAAAUGGGCUGGGAGACGGAGGCUCGGACCAACCCGAGAAGGUGCCAGCCGAGGACGGCAUUGAAACAGCCAAAGCAGUAAUCGCCGCGCCUUCAGAUGUAAUUAAGGGCAGCGCUACGGAUAACGCCGAAGCGCCAACAUCGUCCGAUGGCACUGCCAAGUCGCAAAACAACGCGGGAGCUGAGCAGUCGGCAGAAACGACGCCGGAAGCUGAGGCGUCCGCGGUUGCACCAGACGCCCCUCCUACUACCCAGCCUUCCAAGGAGCUUGAGGAGACGCCUGCUGGCGAUGCUCCUCCUGAACCCGCCGCCGGUGACACCACCGACGCCGGUCAAGUACCGGCGUCCUCUGCCGAGGAUAAGUCAGCAGCUUCAGCCGAGGUGGAUACGGCCUCUGCGCCCGACGCAGAGGCCCCAGCUGCUGAGGCCCCAGCUGCUGACGCGCCGGCCGCCGAGCCGUCGGCCGUGGCGGAGCCCGCAAGCGCUGAAACCCCGAGUGCUGAGACCCCCGUCGCGGAGCCAGCAGGCGCAGAGCCAGCGGCCACGAGCACUGCGAUCCCGGUGGAGGCCGUUGCCGAGGUGACGACGAAGCCCGAGGCUGCUGCGGAGGAGCAGCAGCAGGCCGGCAACGGCCCCACCCCCAGUGCAGCUGACACCGCGAGCGCUGAGGCGAACGGUGGUGCGGCGUCUCCGAAGGAGGCGGCUGCGGUGACGCCAGUUGGCACGGUCCAGGAGCUCUCGCGGCGCCUGAGCAGCGCCUCCCUGCAGGCCGGGCAGACGCCCCCGGCCACUACACCCAACCGCUCCUCCUCCUCCUCCAUAGACCGGCAGCAGCAGGCGCCCGCCGCGGCGGUGCCGUUCACCGCCGGCAGCGGUGCCCGCCCCGCCAAGUCGCCCAGCGGCAGCCGCAGCACCGAGGCCUCGCCCGCCUCCGCGCAUGACACCAAGAACACCAUUAACGUGGCGCUGCUUCUGAAGCAAGGCGGUUUCAAGAUGCAGCCUCUGAAGGACUUUGUGCAGUACGCAGAGCUGCAGCGGCUGCGACUUGAGGACGGCAUCGACGCCACUCGCAAGGAAGACUACCUGAGCGAUACGGACUUCAAGGACGUGUUCGGCAUGGACCGCGACGCCUUCAAGAAGCAGCCCGCCUGGAGACAAGCGCAGGCCAAGAAGAAGGCCAACCUCUUCUGAUCUGUUGCAGCCGUUGUUAGCUUCGGGUGUCCACGCUCCCAUGGCGCCCACCCCCACGCGUGAUAAAGAGAUGGCAGUCAAUUGAUGAGAGAUAGGGGCCGCCGCUGCGCAAUGCGUCUUACAUGCCCCAG